GGGGUGAACAACAAAUGAAGGCUAAUUGGAUGGAUUUACAGCCCAGCGUUUCCCUCUUUCGCCCUUCCCUACUGCCGCCGCUGCAAAAACGUAUAAAUACGGUCAAUGAAGCUAUUCCCAAUCAGGCAAUCACUCUAUCUAUGGCGGACAAAGAAAAGAAAGCUCCAUCAAUGGCGGAGAGACUCCAGAGGGUGCGUUUCGAAAACCGAAAGGCAAGCAUCCUGAAACAGGGCAGAGAGUUAUCCACACUCUGCGGUGUGAAGCUCUGCCUUAUGAUCGUCUCCCCCGACGGGAAGGUGGAAACCUGGCCUCAGAAUCGUGAUGACGUCAAGGCCAUUCUCGGCGCCGCCAAUGCCGCGCCGUCCGUCAAAAAGGUCGCCGCCCUUUCCGAUUCCACAUCGUCUGAUGAUCAGCCAGCUGUGAAAGACAAUAACCCAAGAAAGCGGAGAAAAGAUCCCCUGCGCCAGAUGGAUGUUCCGAACAAGAUGACAAAGACGGCUAUGGCUACUACUGCUGAUUCCACUAAUUACAACGUUGUCGGGAGUGAUCCUUGGAACAACGUUAUUAACGGGUUUGGUUCGAUUCCGAUGUUCGAUACCUGGAAUCUAGAAGAUGGCAGUUUCACCGCUGGGCUUAACGGCUAUUUUGAGAAGAAUCUGUAUCCAGAUCCUGGAGAAUAUUGUGGUCAUGAUCUGCAGUUUGAAGAAGACCCUUCUGUGUUCUUUACAGAUUGUGGUAAAGAUCUUGAGCUACAACAGCUGCAAAAUCAAUUUUGGGCUGGAGACGCUUUUGGCGGGAAUGGUUUAAACUCUGGCGCCACAAUGGCGUCGCCGCCGCUGCCUCAAGGUUUUGCCGGAUGCAUGUUCGAGCCGCUGCCGGCGCUGCAGCGGUGUGGGUCUAUUGAACUUGAAAACACUCUGCUUCGUGAUUUUUGUUGAUUAUUCUUUGAGAUUCAUUUAUUCGGAUUAACUCCAAACCAAUUGGUUUGAUGCUAACUUUAGAUGAUUAUUAUGAUUGAUGAAAAGAUUGAUUUGAACGAUUGCAUUACCAGUUUGAUUGUAGAAACCCCCUGCUUAUGUAAAUUUGAACGAUUGCAUUACCAGUUUG